AUGGAACAAAUACCUCAUUCUACGAGAAGAAGACGCGCAAGAUCGCUUUUGGGCUUCGACAAGGAAGGCAAUGUGAUCUCACUGCAGAUGAUCGGUCGGUUGGAUGCAGCAGGGCUCAUGCCAUGCACUCGUAACUCAGAUCUCUACCGUAUGCGGAUAGCUGAAAGCGAAGGUGUCAUGCAGAUUAUACGCAUAGAGCCGGAACCCAAUUUACGAUUGAUUGAACUCCAUCUGUCGAGCUUCCAUCAAACUCCUUAUGUAGCAGGUAAAAGUAGAGCGUUAGAGAAGAAGAAUGGAAAGCAACUUGGGACCUCUGUCAUAUUUGAUCUAGACGGGCUAAGCUUUGCCCAGGUAGAUAUGCAAGCAAUGAAAGUUGUAACCACAAUGUUAACACAGUUACAG